AGAUAGAAGCAGUCCUAUUUUUCACUUAAGUCUCCCUCAUUCAUAUGUCUGUGAUUGAGCAAGAGGUGACCCUGGCGUGGCAGGCAAUCGGGUACGCCUAGGGUCACAGUGUGACCUCAAUCCCAACUAUCGUCCUGAGACUCUUGGUGAUAGACCAGUCAAAGAGUGCAAUGGCAAAUCAUGCAAAGGGGACCCACAACCCCACUGGGCUCAAGCAAAUUAAUCUUGACCAGAUCUGGGAUGAUCUCAGGAAGGGCAUGGAUGAGAUCUACGCUGGAGACCACAUGGGGAAACCAAGAUACAUAAUACUUUAUACUCAUGUGUACAAUUAUUGUACAAGUCAACACCAGCAGGUACCUCGGCCUACAACCAAGUCAAAAAGAGGGAGUGGGGCAACUGGAGGUGGUGCCCAGUUUGUUGGCCUUGAGCUAUAUAAACGGUUAAAAGACUACCUGCAGCACUAUCUUGAUGAGCUCCAAAAGGGAGGGUGUGACAAAAUGGACGAGGAGGUGUUGAAGUUCUACACGAGUGAAUGGGAGAAGUACCAGUUCAGUUCCAAGGUUCUUCAUGGGGCAUGUAACUACCUCAACAGGCAUUGGGUGCGUCGGGAGUGCGAUGAAGGCCGAAAGGGCAUCUAUGAGGUAUACCAACUGGCCUUGAUCACAUGGCGUGAUUAUCUGUUCCGUCCUUUGAACAAGAAGGUGACAAGUGCAGUGCUGCAGCUCAUUGAGCGGGAGCGUUAUGGGGAAACCAUCAACACUCGCCUUGUCUCAGGGGUCAUUAACUGUUAUGUAGAAUUGGGUCUGAAUGAGGAGGAGCCAGGUGCAAAGGGGCCAAUCUUGUCUGUAUACAAGGAGUCCUUUGAAACCCCUUUCCUUGAACAUACAGAGUGCUUCUAUUCCAAAGAGAGCUCUGAAUUUCUCCAUCAGAAUCCAGUCACUGAAUACAUGAGGAAGGCAGAGCAGCGGUUGCACGAAGAGCAGCAUCGGGUGCGGCUCUACCUGCACGAGACAACGUUGGAGAAGCUGAUGCAGACAUGUGAAAAGGUGCUAAUCCAAAAGCACUUGGAGAUCUUUCAUGCCGAAUUCCAGAACCUCCUCAAUGACUACAAGACUGAGGACCUAGGUCGGAUGUUCUCACUGGUUUCGCACAUUGCUGAAGGACUUGGGGAGCUACGGAACCUCCUUGAGUCUCAUAUCUGGACACAAGGGCUAGAGGCCAUUGAGAAGUGUGGUGAGGCCGCUAUCAAUGACCCGAAGCUAUAUGUCACUACCAUCCUUGAGGUCCACAAGAGAUACAACAAAUUAGUGCUGACAGCCUUUGAAAAUGAUUCUGGAUUUGUUGCCUCGCUUGACAAGGCAUGUGGACGAUUCAUCAACAAUAACUCUGUGACACGGGCAGCAGGGAAUUCAUCCAAGAGCCCAGAGCUCCUUGCUCGCUACUGUGACAUCCUUCUCAAAAAGUCCAGCAAGAACCCCGAAGAAGCCGAGCUGGAAGAUACCCUCAACCAAGUGAUGGUGGUGUUCAAGUAUAUAGAAGACAAAGAUGUGUUCCAGAAGUUCUAUAGCAAGAUGCUUGCCAAGCGGCUGGUGCAGCAUCUAUCGGCAUCAGAUGAUGCUGAGGCAUCCAUGAUCACCAAACUGAAGCAAGCCUGUGGCUUUGAGUACACCUCCAAGCUCCAGCGCAUGUUUCAGGACAUUGGAGUGUCAAGGGACCUGAAUGACCAGUUCAGGCAGCACAUUGACAACUCGGGUGAACCGCUGGAGAUCGAUUUCAGCAUCCAGGUGCUAUCUUCUGGGUCAUGGCCAUUCCAGCAGGGUACCACCUUCACCCUCCCUACUGAGUUGGAGAGGAGUGUGACAAGGUUCAACAGCUUCUACAGUGGGCAACACAGUGGCCGCAAACUUUUCUGGCUUUACCAUAUGUCCAAAGGAGAGAUCAUUGCUUACUGCCUCCGACACCGGUACUCGUUCCAGGCAUCCACAAUGCAGAUGGCCGUCCUCCUGCAAUACAAUUGUGCCGACACGUGGACAGUUGGUGCUCUUAGUGAGAGUACCCAGAUCCAGCUCCCAACUCUCAUCCAGGUCUUGCAGAUCCUUCUCAAGUCAAAGCUUCUCAUCCUUGCUGGAGCAUCUGCAGAUCCCCAGGUGCAGCCGGGGACUUCCAAGCAGCCGGCUGCAGUGAUCUCGUCCCCAUCUAGAUUGGACGCCAUGGCACCAAGUCUCGAGAAUGGGGAUGGAGAUGAAUUUGACCUUCAGCCAUCCACUACCCUGUCCCUUUUUCUGGGAUACAAAAAUAAGAAGCUGCGGGUGAACAUCAACGUCCCAAUGAAGACAGAGUUGCGCAUCGAGCAAGAGGUGACGCAUCGCCACGUUGAGGACGACCGCAAAAUACUCAUCCAAGCUGCCAUCGUUCGAAUCCUCAAGACACGCAAGACAAUGAAGCAUCAGCAGCUUGUCAUUGAAGUCCUCAACCAGCUUGCCUCACGGUUCAAGCCCAAGGUCAACAUCAUCAAGGACAAAGCAAUAUUCUUCUUCUUCAUUUUUAAUUUCUCACCAUUCUCUAAGCAUCCAAACUUGUUUGCUUGUACCUCUCCAGCCAUUGCACUAUUAUACAUUUCAAUCCCAUCAUAUUCAAGACAAAAAAGUGACCUUGAUGGUGUGUUGCAGCGUUGCAUCGACAUCCUGAUCGAGAAGGAGUACGUGGCCCGCGUGGAGGGACAGAAGGACACAUAUAACUACGUCGCU